CCAGACACAGAGAGCUUACUCUGCCUCCUUUGUCUGCAGAGACAUUCAACAAUAAAUGCAGAAAGACAAAUCCUCCACCGAUGACGGCAUCAGUUCAUCCGCUUCACCACUAUCGCAAGAUCUGCGGCUCCCAUCGCCACAUCGGCAAUCUGAGGGUAUCGGCUUUACCUCGCUCUGCUCCUCGUCAUUCCCUACUAAAGCAUCUCUCUCGAACUCCGUCUCAUUAAGCCCCUCUGGUUGCUCCUGCGACGAAGAUAAAAAUGAAAUAGCGACAGAGAAUCGCCUUUACCUUGCUCGUCUCACCUUGGAGUACGAUCAACUGGUUGAUCGGUACCGUUUAUGCUACAGUCAUCUUCAUGAGGCACUCAAAGAAGCCGAAGCUCUCCGGCAGGAAAACGCAGAACUCCGAAUUGCGAACAGAGAUUUGAAUAAUCGAUUGAGACUCUUAACUCAAACUUCUCUUGAGAACCGCUUCAUCCCCUCUACUUUUCCUUCCCCGUCGAUCAUUGACGAUUUCCGUCGUCUCUGUCUUGGUGAUCAUAACGCACUUACCAGUCGCGUGUCGGGUGAACUUCUGGAUGCGAGUCCAACUAGUGUUAUUGGAAAUAAUCCAUUCGAGAGAAGAAACUUGGAUCGGGUUUCGUUGCCGAAGAGCAUUUCAAUUCGUUCCAGUGGCUACUUGAAAUUGAAUCAAACCAGUGGGACCAAUGGAGCAUCAAGUAGCACCAGCCGACUUCGAGUCGCUAGUCCAGUCGACAAUGGAACGGAGUUGGAGGCGUUUAAUCAAGGAAUGUUCAAAACGGAAUUGUGCAACAAAUGGCAAGAGACUGGCACAUGUCCUUAUGGAGACCACUGCCAGUUUGCACACGGCAUCUCUGAGCUCCGCCCUGUGAUUCGCCACCCUCGCUACAAAACGGAGGUUUGCCGGAUGGUUCUUGCCGGGGAUAACUGUCCCUAUGGCCACCGUUGCCACUUCCGUCACGCGCUCACAGAGCAGGAAAGGUUCAUGGGCUCUGCUUAAGGAGCCUUAAAUGGAUGAAUGGACAGAACUUGUCCAAUGAUGAUC